AUGUCUAAGCAAGGAGGCAAAGGCGGGGCAGCCGCUGGAAAGGCGAAGAAGCCAACAAAGGCCGGUGCCGAGGAGAAGGGGGAGGAUGUGCUUCAGGCUGUGAUCCUAGCCGAUUCUUUUCAAGACCGAUUCAAACCAUUCACAUUGGAAACUCCCAGAUGUCUUCUUCCGCUCGUCAACGUCCCUGUCAUCGAGUACACCCUCGAAUUCCUGGCGUCCAACGGCGUCCAGGAAGUAUUCAUCUACUGCGGCGCUCAUUCUGAGGACAUUGAGCAAUACAUUCACGACUCGUCUCGUUGGAGCCCCGGUAGCACCAUUUCACCUUUUUCCUCCCUCGAGUUCAUCCGUGUCUCCGAUGCGAAUUCGAUUGGCGACUUCUUGCGGGAUCUCGAUAAGCGAAGCAUAAUUGGAGGCGACUUUAUCCUAGUUCAUGGUGAUGUGGUCUCAAAUAUUCAACUCGACGCCGCUCUGGCCAAACACCGCGCCCGGAGGGAAGAGAACCGCGAUGCUUGUAUGACCGUGGUGCUGAGGUCUGUUGGGGAGCAACCCCACAGGGCUGCUAAGGCAAGGGGGAUCAUACCAGUCUUCGUCGUCGAUCCAACGACAGGGCGAUGCCUGCAGUACGAGGAGACACACCCGCUCCAAAGCGAGCAUUACCUCAGUCUGGACCCAGCUGUCUUCUCCCACGGCGAGUUUGAGGUUCGUACCGACCUUGUCGAUUGCGGCAUCGAUAUUUGCACACCCGACGUGCUGGCGCUCUGGUCUGAAAGCUUCGAUUACGAGUUGCCAAGGAAAAACUUCCUGCAUGGUGUACUGAAGGACUGGGAGCUGAACGGCAAGAUGCUCUACGCCGAGAUUCUGGAUGACGGCUAUGCAGCACGCGCCACCAAUCUCCAGAUGUACGACUGCAUCAGCCAGGAUGUGCUCGAGCGGUGGACACUUCCCUUUGUACCAGACAGCAACCUCAUCCACGGCCAAACAUACCGAAGAGUCAAGGGUAGUAGCUACGUCGAGGACCACGUGGUGGCCGAGAGGGGAGCGAAGGUGACACAGUCAGCGGUCGGGCGAGGGACGGUCAUUCAGUCAGGAUCCAGCAUCACCGGGAGCAUCAUUGGGAGGAAAUGCAAGAUUGGGAAAAACGUCAAGAUCGAGAACAGCUAUAUCUGGGACAAUACUGUAAUAGGGGACGGCACCACCGUCCUUCACUCCAUAUUGGCCGGAUCUGUGGUACUGGGAGCGAACUGCCAGGUUCCGGCAGGGUCUCUCCUUUCCUACAACGUACAUCUCGAUGACAACAUCCAACUACCCUCAAAAGCCCCGGCACGGAUUUCCCUAUUAUCAGACGAGAAGCAGCGAGCCGAUAAUGACGUUUCGCUGGUGGGUAAGGGUGGAAAGGGGGCGCUAUACCAAACUAUCACGGACGAAGAGGACUCCGACGACGAAGACGACACAAACCGGGAUCCGACUAUUCUCCAAAGUUCACUCAUUUACUCCCUCGAAGGCCUCAACCUCUCGACCUCCUCCAUCUCCACCUUUGUUUCCGAAGACGAAUACGACUCCGACGACGACAUCUCUCUCGCCGGUUCCGCCCAAGCAGAUGCCUUCGGCCAACCCCGCGGCCGCCUGUCCUCCUUCGCCUCCGACGAUACCAGCAAGGCAGACGGGUUCCAUUCCGACGCCGUCCACGGUCUAGUCGACGCGCUCCGCGCCGACGACAGCGAUGAUUUCGACGGCGCCAAGCUUGAGUUCAUGGGCCUGCGUCUGGCUAACAACGCUUCCGACGGCGCGAUGCGUCGUGCCAUCGCGGUUGCCUUUGUCCGUCGGGCUGCUGAGCUGCUCACCCCAGAACACGGCGGCCUCGAGCCAACCAAGGCCGCUGCCGAGGCGCUCACUUCCAAGAACGGCGCUGUUAAGUUUGUCAAAGAGGUCGGCGUCGGUGGGGAGACGGUUGCGCAGCAGGCCGAGUUUGCGCUGGCGUUGCAGAAGGCGCUUAUAGGCAUCAAGGACGUGGAGCCGGCGAGGGCGGGUGCGCUGCUGGCGGCGCUGCUGCAGCAGUUGUACAGUCUUGAUGUGUUAGAGGAGGAAGGGAUUUUGGCAUGGUGGGCAGAUAAGAGGGCCGCUGAAGGCGCGGGGUCGGAGGGCCUAAGGGAGAAGUGCAGGGUGUUGGUGGAGUGGUUAGAAAAUGCUGACGAGGAGGAGAGUAGCGAAGAAGAGGACGGCGAUGAUGAGGAUGAGGAUUGA